GUCCAAAAGCAUUCUGUGCACACACUUGUGUUCAGAUCUUUGAAGAGAACCCAUGAUAUGUUUGUAGCUGAUAAUGCCAAGCCCAUCCCAUUAGAUGAAGAAAGUCACAAAGUAAAGAUGGCAGUCAAGCUGCGUACAGAGUACGGCUCAGUGUUACACAUGCCUACUCUUAAAGAAAACUUGAGAGAGAAAGGAGGCCCAAACACCGGGGAUCCUUAUGGACACAAACAGUAUUCUGGAAAUCAAGGACAAGAACUUGAGUAUUUGAUAACUGGUACACAUCCAUACCCACCUGGUCCCGGUGUGGCUCUGACAGCAGAUACUAAGGUCCAGAGGAUGCCUAGUGAAUCUGCAGCACAAUCCUUAGCCGUAGCACUUCCUGCUUCUCAGUCCAGGUUGGAUACAAAUCGGACAGCUGCUGGCGUGGGUGAUAUUUACAGGCACGCUGGAAUAUCUGAGCGUUCACAGCCUCCUGGGAUGUCUGUGGCUAUGGUGGAAGCUGGUGGAAACAAAAAUUCUGCGUUAAUGGCAAAGAAGGCUCCAACCAUGCCCAAACCUCAGUGGCAUCCACCUUGGAAACUGUACAGAGUUAUCAGUGGUCACCUGGGGUGGGUGAGAUGUAUUGCAGUAGAACCAGGAAAUCAGUGGUUUGUUACUGGCUCUGCUGACAGAACUAUAAAGAUUUGGGACCUUGCUAGUGGCAAAUUGAAAUUGUCUUUGACGGGACACAUCAGUACUGUACGAGGGGUGAUAGUAAGUGCAAGAAGUCCAUACCUCUUUUCUUGUGGAGAAGACAAACAAGUGAAAUGCUGGGAUCUCGAAUACAAUAAGGUUAUCAGACAUUACCAUGGUCAUCUAAGUGCUGUCUACGGUUUAGACUUGCAUCCAACAAUAGAUGUCCUGGUAACAUGCAGCAGAGAUUCAACAGCACGAAUUUGGGAUGUGAGGACGAAAGCCAGUGUGCACACGCUAUCAGGACACACAAAUGCGGUAGCGACAGUGAAGUGCCAAGCUGCAGAACCACAAAUUAUUACAGGCAGUCAUGAUACUACCAUACGGCUCUGGGAUUUAGUGGCAGGAAAAACUCGUGUUACUUUAACAAAUCACAAGAAAUCUGUAAGAGCAGUAGUGCUACAUCCAAGACAUUACACAUUUGCAUCUGGCUCUCCAGAUAAUAUUAAGCAGUGGAAAUUCCCAGAUGGAAACUUCAUUCAGAACCUCUCUGGUCACAAUGCUAUUAUCAACACACUGGCUGUAAAUUCCGAUGGCGUUCUGGUCUCAGGAGCUGAUAAUGGUACUAUGCAUCUUUGGGACUGGAGGACUGGAUACAAUUUCCAGAGAGUACAUGCAGCUGUACAGCCAGGCUCUUUGGACAGUGAAUCAGGAAUAUUUGCUUGUGUCUUUGACCAGUCAGAAAGCAGAUUGCUAACUGCUGAAGCUGAUAAAACCAUAAAAGUAUACAAAGAAGAUGAUACUGCGACUGAAGAAACUCAUCCUGUCAGCUGGAAACCAGAAAUUAUCAAGAGAAAGCGAUUUUAGUGCGGCAACAUACUUAUGCUGUAAUUUUGUUUUGGCUUUCCUGAGAGCAUUCAGUCACAUUUUGUCCUGCCUAGAACAGCAGAGCAGGAAGUCAGCUAAGUCAUUGCUAUUUCAACAUGUUUUACAAUAAAUUUUAUUUCUCUUUC